GGAUGUAAAACCCAUAAAAGUGCACGAUAUUUUCUGAUUGGUGCAUUUCAAUCCGACUCGGUGUAUAAAAUCGCGCUUUUUUUCAAUUUUCCCCCCAUAUCACUCUAUACUUUGGAAACACAAUUGUUUGAAAUCAGAUUGAUAAAAUGUCAGGACGUGGUAAGGGCGGUAAAUCGCGAGCUAAAGGCAAGUCUCGUUCUGCAAAAGCCGGCCUACAGUUUCCCGUUGGCAGAGUCCAUCGUUUUCUGCGCAAAGGCAACUACGCCAAGCGUGUUGGUGCAGGCGCUCCGGUCUACAUGGCCGCCGUGCUCGAGUACCUGAGCGCUGAGAUCCUCGAGUUGGCCGGCAACGCUGCCCGCGACAACAAAAAGACCAGGAUCAUCCCUCGUCAUUUGCAGUUGGCCGUCAGGAACGACGAGGAGUUGAACAGGCUGCUCCACGGUGUCACCAUCUCUCAGGGUGGUGUGCUUCCAAACAUCCAGGCCGUGCUUUUGCCCAAGAAGUCCGAGAAAAAACACAAGUGAACAUAAGACGCACAAACAAAGGCUCUUUUAGGAGCCACCAAAUAUCACGAAAGUGAAAGAUCAAUGCAAUCAUGUUUUUAACACGCACAUUAAAAGUGUUUGCACAAUAAGGAAAAGUAAUUUCUAACAGAAUGAAAAUAAAUGUGCCUUAUGAGCAUACGAUUUCACGCAAAUAUCAGAACGAAAUAAGAAUAAUUACAGAACGAGGAAGUUGUUUUCAAACUUAAUCAUUUAUUGAAUCUUUUGUAGCCAGUCUUGGUCCAAAAUCCAGACCAUGCUGGAAGUUGAACCAAGAUUAGAAUAGGGGAUUUCACAAUUGCUUAUUUUCUGCGUCAUCUGUCAAUAUAAUGUCAUUUUUCAUUAGCAAGAGGAAAGCCACUCAAUAAGGCUGCUACAGAAAAAAAAUACCAUAAAACAUUGCUUGUUGAUAAACGUUAACUUGAUAAAUUUAGAUUUCUUUGUGCACAACCAUAAGUGGUUGAUUGACUACUCAUAUAUUUUGACAGCAUGUUAGAGGUAUUAUUUAGGUGUAAAAGGCAACCUUAUUAGCUAGUUUUUUAUCUUCUGAACACAAAAAAAAAAUGACCAUGCACAUUGACUAGAGGAACUAAAUUAAUUGGACAAUUCAGAUGUUUGUCAAUAUAUACAAAAAUGAGAAACAAUUGCAAAAAUGCUAAAAAAAAAAGCUUGGAAUUGUUUCACUGUAAAGGCAUCACUGCAUAUUAGACAAAGAAAUGUACACUGAUGCUUUUUUUCUUGAUCUUAAUAAAACAAAAUAACAAUAAA